GUUAUAAAUAAAGCCUUUGAAACCUGAGAGUUUGCACAAGGCAACCAUGCUCUCCUGGGUCUUCCUCAGCUCGCUCCCUCUGCUGCUGCACACAGCAUCUGGACAGAGCAGCGUGAGAUGGUGCACUAUAUCACCACAGGAGGACGCCAAGUGUUCAGCCAUGGCGCAGGCCUUCAGCAGCGCAGCGAUCCGGCCAGCGGUGCAGUGCAGCCGCGCUGCUUCUGUAGGAGAGUGUGCUCAGAAACUCAUGAAAAAUGAAGCAGAUGCAUUUUCUGCCAGUGCCAAAGACAUCUACGAGAUUGGGAAGCAAGCUACGUUCAAAAUAGCUGCUGGAGAGUCCAGUUCUGAAGAGGAAGAAGGAACAACCUACUAUGCAGUUGCUGUGGUAAAAAGGACUGAUUCAGCCAUUAACAUCAACAACCUGAAGGGGAAGAAGUCAUGCCAUACAGGCAUUGGCCGUACAGCUGGCUGGAACAUGCCGAUAGGCUAUUUGAUUGAUACCGGAAAGAUGUCCGUUAUGGGCUGCAACAUACCACAAGGUGUUGCAGAUUUCUUCAAUGCUAGCUGUAUUCCUGGAGCAACGGGUGAGGCACCAUCCUUGUGCCAGCUCUGCCAGGGAAAUGGAUCUGGAAGCUAUAAGUGUGAGGCGAGCAUCAAUGAGAAAUAUUACUCAUAUAGUGGAGCCUUCAGGUGCCUAGUUGAAGAUGCAGGAGAUGUAGCCUUUGUUAAACACACCACAGUUGGUGAAAACAGUGACGGUAAAGGGGAGCAGUGGGCUCAGGGCCUCCGCUCUGAGGACUACCAGCUGCUAUGCCCAGAUGGAACUCGCAGUCCUGUCUCAGAUUACAGACGUUGUAAUCUGGCCAGAGUGCCAUCGAGAGGCAUUGUGGUCCGCAGUGACAUUGAUAGCUCUGUGGUGUACCUCAUGCUCAGAGAAGGCCUGCAAAAGUCUGACUUUUCACUUUUUUCAUCGGCUGCCUUUAAUGGUGAAAACCUGUUGUUUAGUGACAGCUCAACCAAGUUUAUACCUGCUGGUCACGAGCACUACAUUGACUGGAUGGGUCGACAUUACUACAACAUAUUAAAAGCCAUGGACUGCUCAAAAGCUGAUGUUCCUGAGUAUCUUCGCUGGUGUGUGCUGUCUCAGGGAGAACAGCAGAAGUGUGCAGAUAUGGCUGUAGCCUUCCAAAACAAAGGCAUCACUCCCUACAUCAGAUGUGUGUUUGGAACAUCUGUGGCAGAUUGCAUGAAGAAAAUACAAGACAAAGAGGCAGAUGCCAUCAAUCUUGAUGGAGGCUACAUCUAUACAGCAGGGAAAACUUUUGGCCUGAUACCUGCUGCUGGUGAAAGCUACACAGAGGAUAAUGAUAGCAGCAUCUAUUAUGCUGUGGCUGUGGUGAAGAAGAGCAACAGAAACAUCCAAAGAUUCACUGAUCUGAGGGAUCGAACAUCCUGUCACACUGGCUAUGGCAGGAGUGCUGGCUGGAACAUUCCUGCUGCUGUACUCAUACAGAAAGGCCUCAUCAGACCACAGCAAUGCCAAGUUGCCCAAGCUGCUGGAGAGUUUUUCAAAGGCAGCUGUGUUCCAGGCGCCAAUCAGCCUGGCUUUCCCAGUAACCUCUGCUCACAGUGUAUUGGAGACUCCAGCGGGCAGAAUAAAUGUGUUAAAGGCCAGGAUCUAUUUGAUGGUUACAAUGGAGCCUUCAGGUGUCUGGUUCAAGGAGCAGGAGAGAUUGCCUUUGUGAAACACUCCACAGUAUUUCAGAACACUGAUGGAAAUAAUGUGGAUCCUUGGGCUGUUAACUUGAACUCAGGAGAAUUCCAGCUGCUGUGUCCUCAAGAGUCUCGUGCUGAGGUCACUCAGUAUAAACAGUGUAACCUUGCACGUGUUCCUUCACAUGCUGUGAUGGUUCGGGCCGACACCAACCCACACAUCAUCUUUGGCCUCUUGGACAAAGCUCAGAAAUUUUAUGGCAUUAACACUGCCUCAGACUUCAAGAUGUUUGACUCCAGUAAAUAUGAGGGAUCAGACUUAAUCUUCAAAGACUCCACUAUGAGCAUGAUUGGUGUUGGAGAGAAAAAGACCUAUGAGGAAUGGCUCGGCCAGACCUACAUGGAUGCCCUGGUAACCAUGGAGUGCACAUCCUCUGCAGCAGCGUUGUCUUCAGCCACACUGCUGCUGGUGACCAGCUUGUCUGUGCUCUUCUCUUUUUUGGCUGUGUAGCGGGACUGACAGCUGUCCUGGGCUAUCACAGCUAUUUCUGAAGUGACCCAUCAUUUUCUUCUUUAUAUCUCUUUUCUUUCAGUGAUUAAGCUUCAGACAGUAUCCUUGAAAGAUCAUUUUAAAAUCCAAAGCUACUGCAAGUUGUCUUUAACAUGGGGUAAGCAUUUUAUUAGGAAUAGUAUUAGUAUUUUGGGGGGCUGCUUAGUUGCUGUGGAAAUGUUUUAUUAACGUUUCUUUAACAGACUGGAUACAUAAUAAGUUGCUUUUGAUCUAUAAUUUUGUAAAUAAUACGAUGGCUUGCACUAGAUUUAUGUGGUUGUCCUACGGUUCUCAUAUGCGUCUCAUGCGAUCUCAUUUCGUGCAUAUUAUUGGCCUUUAUUCUAGGAGUCUGAUAUAUUUUAUGCACAUAUCUGCUGAUGCUCAAACCAAUGUAGAAACUGAGACUAAAUCUACCUGGACUAGCAGAGAAAUUACGUUUAUUUCUGUAGGGUUACAAAUGCUGUACAGUAAAUAAAAUGCCGAUAUUUUAGCACAAUAACCCACCAAUAAAUAGGUAUCAGAUACUGAUAGAAUUCUCUUAUCAUUGUGCAUCCCUAGCAUCAAAUGUCAGAGCUAUCCACAGAGAUGACUCACAUAGUGUGAUAUGUAGCUCAUGAUCAAGCAAAUCGAAAGCUUUUGGAUUUCAGUAUUGUGAUAGAAGACUAAUCUUUCAGGACAGGUGAUCUAAGCGCUAGAGUGAAACUUUAAUUCUGUUGACUGAGGAAGCCCGAGUAUGAUGAUGAAUAAUUUGUACUGUAUUUGAAACAAAUUUGACAUGUCUUUAUAUAUACAUCAUGUGUAUAUAUAUAUAUAUAUAUAUAUAUAUAUAUAUAUAUAUAUAUAUAUAUAUAUAUAUAUAUAAUUACUGCAGUGAUCAGAUUACUGAGGGCAACAGCCAUAUCAGUGCAUAUGCUUUGCCUGUUUUAAACAUAUUUAUUAUACAGUGUUCGAUGUUUUGUGAACUUUUUUCAUUGAACUGCUUGAAGGCACAUGCCAUGUCAGAGAAUAUGCUGCGCCUUGAACAUUCCAGCUGACAUGUUAACAUUGACCCAUGUCAGUUAGUAUGCACUGGUGUUUCACUGCAGAAUUCCUCCAGAGAGUGAAAUAGCAUUUUUUUUCCCCUUUUAUCGCUUUAGAAUUUAAAGUAAAUUGGGAUCAUGUCCUCACAACCAGUUCUAUGUUUGUGUGAAGCAUACGCUUCAUAUCGAUUCAAAUUCUGCCGCAGCUUUGCGCGCUGAUAUUGUUCUCUGUUCUACGUUUGAUCUUUGAUGCAGUGCACAUGCUUCAUCAGAAGAAAUGUAGAGCCGUCUCUGCUUGACUGGUAACGGUUCGUAGUAGUGCAGUUGCAAAGAAUGUGCAUUAACAGUGAUACAUAGUGUACUCAGUCAAAUCCACCUAGAUCUUGUUAGAUUUCCACUAAUGUGGAAUGCUUUGUAUUUUCUUGCACUUUUCAUUUGUUUAAUGGAAAGUAUGAUGUAUGUAAUUUGUCUGUUUUUUAGUGUACACCUAAGAGAAAUGUAUUUUUAUACGAUGUUCAGAUACCAUAUCAGUGUAUAUGUGCUGACACAUUGCCUUACAUUAAUGCCUGCUUUACUGUUUUAUAGCGAUUUCUUCUGUGAAAUGAUUGAGAUGUAACUAAUAUUUAGUUGCCAGGCCAGGGCGUCUGCUGAAGUAUUAUUACAUGUUGCCCAAAUCGGGGUCUAAUAAAUGAGCACACCGCA